AAAAUAUGAACUUUAUUAAUACUAAUACUAAUAAAUUAUAAUUCCUCCUCUUUUUCUUGUAUCAUAUUCAUGGUGAUGGUGGCUACUGGCUAGGAUAAUGUGACGAUUGUGGUGUCUUAUUGUGGUGGUGGUUAAUGGCGUGACAAUUGUAAUUCCCACAAGUUAACACAUCAUUUGGUGUUGGAUGGCCAAUGGUAGUCGAUUCGUAAAUAUUACAUUUUCAAAAAUACUCUGUCCAUUUUCUGAAAAUGUGAGUAAUUUAGAAGUGAUGCAGUUAUUACUAAACAAAACAACUAUUUUUAUUUAUAUUUGUAUAAAUAAUUCAAAGUUUAAAGUAGAAAUAAUUCGUACAAUGACUAGUCAGCUGCAUACACAAAAUUUAAAGUGAAAAUAUUAAUAAUAAACCGAACAUCGACAAUUAACACGUAAUUUUCAUAAAUUUUCAAAUGUAAUGUCUCUGGAAAAAAAAAAUCGGACGCUUAUAAUUAGAUCGAUCAAUAAUUGAAUGAAGCAAAGUAUCUCUUGACGUCCAAAAUCCAACAAAUCAAGCUAGAAAAAGGAAGAAAAAUAUAAAAAAUCAACAGAAAAAGGGGGAAAAUCAACAGAAAAGAAAAAGAAAUCUAAAACCCUAAAACAUUUGUCUCUUUCUCACUCUUCCCCAAUUUCCCCCUUCACUCACUUCCUUCCAUACCAGGAUAAUAAUUCCUAUAAAAACCCCACAUUUUUGUUUUUCUCACUCCAAAAUUUUCUUCAAAAGAAAAUGGCAACUCUUAGAUUUACAAAUGCCAAUGAAUUAAUUUACACCCCUCCAAUUUCAACCCAAUUUCACAGCAAAAAAAGUUUCAAUUAUAAUUCUAAAACAUUCUUCUUUCCCAGAACUUCUAAAAAAAGAAAUGGGCAAAAGUAUGCAGGGUUUUCUACUUCUUGUUCUUUUACUCCGAUGGAAACUGCUAAGAUUAAGGUUGUGGGUGUUGGUGGGGGUGGCAACAAUGCAAUUAAUCGCAUGAUUGGUAGCGGUUUGCAGGGUGUUGAUUUUUAUGCCGUAAACACAGAUGCUCAGGCGUUAUUGCAAUCAGCUGCUGAGCACCCAAUUCAAAUAGGAGAGCUUCUGACACGUGGAUUAGGUACUGGUGGGAAUCCGUCACUUGGAGAGCAGGCUGCUCAAGAAUCAAAAGAAGCUAUUGCAACAGCACUUGCAGGAUCAGACCUCGUGUUUGUAACAGCAGGAAUGGGUGGGGGCACUGGAUCAGGUGCUGCUCCUGUCAUCGCUCAAAUAUCCAAGGAUGCGGGUUACCUCACUGUGGGCGUGGUCACUUACCCUUUCAGUUUCGAGGGCCGCAAAAGGUCAUUGCAGGCACUGGAAGCUAUAGAGAAGCUGCAGAAUAAUGUGGAUACCCUCAUUGUGAUACCAAAUGACCGUCUCUUGGACAUUGCUGAUGAUCAAACUCCUCUUCAGGAUGCUUUUCAGCUGGCUGAUGAUGUUCUUCGCCAGGGCGUUCAAGGAAUUUCAGACAUAAUUACGAUUCCGGGACUUGUAAACGUGGACUUUGCUGAUGUGAAGGCAAUCAUGAAGGAUUCAGGAACGGCAAUGCUUGGAGUUGGUGUUUCCUCUAGUAAAAACCGUGCAGAAGAAGCAGCUGAACAAGCAACUUUGGCACCUCUAAUUGGCUCAUCCAUACAAUCAGCUACUGGUGUUGUAUACAAUAUAACAGGAGGAAAGGAUAUAACAUUACAGGAAGUUAACAGAGUAUCGCAGGUGGUUACAAGUUUAGCAGAUCCAUCUGCUAACAUAAUAUUCGGGGCUGUUGUCGAUGAUCGCUACAAUGGAGAGAUUCAUGUGACUAUAAUUGCAACAGGCUUCUCACAGUCAUUUCAAAAGACACUACUAACAGAUCCCAAAGCUUCAAGGCUUUUCGAUAAAGUAACCCAGGAAAGCAAAGGAGGAUCAACUGGUCUUUCCAAUUCAUCUCCGAAUUCUCAGAACUCCGUGCCACCACGACCUCCAAGAAAGCUGUUCUUUUAGAGUCUCUAACAAACAACCCCUUCUUUCUUCCCAUUGCCAUUGUUUGCUCUCUUGGACAUGGAUUUGUAGUCAUAUAAAAAAAUCAAUGUUACAUCUUCGUUGUUCCUACCUCGUAUGUCUCUUCGUGUUGAGUUUUUUUUCAUCUGGUAGGAUUGCUUAAUUUUUUGAUCUUGCAAAUUUGCAUGCUGCAAACUGUAAUAUGAAAAUACAAAUGCAAUUCAGGUUCAAGUCCAUGUUUUUUUAAUAACAA